CCAAAACUCAAAAGCCAUAAAACAUUCAACUACUUAAAGUGUGCUUAGUUGAAAAGUCCGUUUGCCCAUCAUUCUGGCAAUUAAACCCGUCACAGCGGAUUGAAUCCUUUUCUCCCCACAUCGACAGAUAAGCUGGGAAACUCUGCAUUCAUCAGCUCUCCUUUUUAAUAUUCCUUGUAAUCCAAUCCACAGCAAAAUAACCAACCACUAGUUGUUUCAGACUUCUAGUGGGCAUUUAAAUCUUUUGACAGAUAAACUGGGCCCUGGGAAGAGAAGAUUUCAAACCUUUGGCAUAAAGAUGAUAAUUUCUUGGACAAUUGCAAAGUACCCUUUACAAUACAAUUCAUAUGUGUUUUUCUUUUGCUGUCAUAAUUUUGCUCCUCUCACUUUUUGUAUUUCUUUCCUGUCUUAAAGGUUUGACCUUUUUUGUUCUUCCUUUCCAUUUCCAUAGUUCAAAGCUUUUGAGCCAGUUUCUGAGUGGGAAAACUGAAGUUGUCUCACUUCUCUGGUCAACUUUCCACAACCUCAAAUUGAUAUACGAAAGUUUUGAGCCAAAUUUUACUUCUAGCUGUGGCCAUGGAUUCAAGGGUGUUCUUAAUUUUACUGUUCACAUGCCUGUUGUUCAUAUUCCUGCCUGAGUGUUGUAGGGCUAGCAUUCAAAACCGAGGCAGGUUGGAAUUAGGAUUCAAAGGCUCUCAGAUGACAUGGAUAGACAGAGAUGGAAUGAUUCUGGUAUCCAAUAAUUCGAAAUUCGCAUUCGGGUUCCACAAAACAGCAGAUGUCACUUUGUUUCUGCUUGUUGUGAUGCAUCUGAGCAGCCAAACUCUGGUAUGGUCUGCCAAUAGAGCUUUUCCUGUAAGAAAUUCUGAUAGUUUUUCAUUUGAUGACACUGGAAAUGCCUUUCUGCAAAGUGGGGGAUCUACUGUCUGGGGGACGAACACGGGUGGCAAAGGGGUUUCUGCAAUAGAAUUGAGAGACUCUGGGAAUCUAGUUCUGGUUGGAAAUGACAGUAGAAGCAUUGUUUGGCAGAGUUUUAGCCAUCCUGUGGAUACUCUUUUGUCAAACCAGGAUUUUGUUGAAGGUAUGCAGCUUUCAACCAGUCCAAACUCAAAUAACCUAAGCUAUUCCCUUGAAAUCAAGUCUGGCGAUAUGUUACUUUCUGCUGGCUUCAAAUCGCCACAGAGAUAUUGGGCUAUGUCAAGUGAAAACAGAAAAACAAUAAAUAAGGUUAGGGGAGAUAUUGUUUCUGCUACCCUUGAUGCUAAUUCUUGGAAAAUGUAUGAUGAAAGCAAAGAGCUAAUCUGGCAAUUCAUUUUCUCAGACAGCACCGAUCCAAACGCUACGUCAGUUGCAGUUUUAGGAGAUGAUGGUGUUUUGACUUUUUCUGUUCUUGAAAGUGGGAGUUCAUCUGUCACUUCCCCAACAAGAAUACCCCAAGAUGAAUGUAGUAGCCCGGCAGCUUGCGAUCCGUUUUUCGUUUGUUAUAAAGGGAAAAGGUGUCAAUGCCCUUUGUCUAUUCCCUCUUGCAAACCCGGGACUGAUUCCUUGUGCCACAAGUCAAAGCCAGUGGAGCUUGUAGAGGCUGGCAAUAGUCUCAGUUACUUUGCACUUAAAUUUGCUUCUUCCUCUUCCACGGGUGAUUUGAACAGCUGCAAAGCCUCCUGCAUCCAGAAUUGCUCUUGUGUCGCCGUUUUCUUUGACAAUAGCAUGCAACAUUGUUUCUCUUUUGACCAGAUAGGAAGCAUGCAAGGGUCGGUCGCUAGCGCUGGUUUUAGUGCCUAUGUCAAAGUCUUGAGUGGUAGUCAAACUUAUGGAAAUGGUGGAAACAGAAAAAAACAUUUAUCUGUUGUCAUUAUCAUUGUCAUAUUUACGACACUUGUAUUAUUCGCCCUACUUUAUGGAGGUUUGCGUUAUCACAGAAAGAAAAUCAAGAAAUCUCCUGAAUCUCCCAAAGAAGGUUCGGAAGAAGAUAACUUCUUGGAGGGCGGAUUAUCAGGGAUGCCGAUUCGUUUCACCUUCAAAGACCUCCAGAAUGCCACAAAUGACUUCAAAGUUAAACUCGGACAGGGUGGGUUCGGUUCGGUUUACAAAGGAGCUCUCCCCGACGGGACCCAAGUGGCGGUGAAACAAUUGGAAGGCCUUGGGCAAGGGAAGAAAGAAUUCCGGGCUGAAGUCAGUACAAUAGGAAGCAUCCACCAUAUACAUCUUGUGAAGCUUAGAGGCUAUUGCGUCGAAGGAGCCCACAGGCUUCUUGCGUAUGAGUACAUGGCAAACGGAUCCUUGGAGAAAUGGCUUUUUCGCAAUAACAAAGAAAUCCUGCUGGAUUGGGAUACGAGGUUUAGCAUUGCACUCGGUACAGCUAAAGGCCUGGCCUACCUUCAUGAAGACUGUGACUCUAAGAUCGUGCAUUGCGAUAUUAAACCUGAAAACGUGCUAUUGGAUGACAAUUUCCACCCGAAAGUCUCGGAUUUUGGUCUGGCUAAGCUCAUGACUAGGGAGCAAAGCCACGUGUUUACCACCUUAAGAGGAACUAGGGGAUAUCUUGCACCGGAGUGGAUCACAAAUUACGCCAUAUCGGAGAAGAGCGAUGUGUACAGCUAUGGGAUGGUGCUGCUUGAGAUAAUAGGGGGGAGGAAAAACUACGACCCCACACAAAGUUCCGAGAAAUCCCAUUUCCCAUCCUAUGCUUAUAAGAUGAUGGUGGAGGGGAAGCUUAAGGAUGUUAUUGACAUGAAACUGAAAAUCGAUGAGAAUGAUGAUAGGGCUUUGACAGCUAUAACCGUCGCUUUGUGGUGCAUACAGGAUGAGAUGCACCUAAGACCUUCCAUGACAAAGGUGGUCCAAAUGCUUGAACGUGUCUGCCCCGUCACAGCCCCACCUACAUUUUGUACUCUUGGAAACCGGCUUUUUUCAAAUGCCUUUAAGUCGUUUAGCGAUACGGGCACUUCGUCGGAAUACAAUAGCAGCGAUGCUCAUCUUUCCGAUGUUCGGCUUUCGGGGCCAAGAUAACAGAUGCUGCUAUACGUUCUUUGGUGAGUCUUCAUGUGUUUUUAUGUGCUGGAAAAAACUCCACAUAUUGAUAGUGUUCAUUACCUUAAUGCACUGUAAAUAAAAUAAUGCUUAUUAGAUUAGCAGAACUAGAGCUUGUGAUUCCUCCAAGAACUGUUUGUUUUGUGUGUAAAUGUAUUUUUAACAUCAGUCAUAUUAUACAAAAAUUGCCUCUGAGUUUCUUACUAUUGAAUUCCC